AUGAGAGGUGUAAAUGAAGUCAUUGACGAGAUUUACAAUAAAGUAGAGUAUUUGUGUCCUUACAUUCCAGGCACAAAAACACCUUCGUCGGCUUACUGUCUAUUGUACAAGUUGUAUACACUCAAACUGACCGAAGAGCAUAUGGAAACACUCAUCUUCCACGGUGACUCUCCCUAUAUCCGUGCCAUCGGCUUUCUCUUUUUACGUUAUGCUCAUCCUCCCGCUUCUCUUUGGGAUUGGUUCAAUGAAUGUCUAGAUGAUCAAGAACUAAUUGCUAUCUCUCCAAAAUCAAAACCAAUAACGAUGGAAUUGUUUUUACUUGGGUUGUUAAAGGAACAAAAGUUUGCUGAAACUAUUCUCCCAAGAAUUCCAGUCAAGGUGAUGAAAGAGUUGGAACAAAAAAUCGAAGAAUAUGAAAAGAAAAGAGGAUUAACUACAAAAAAGAAUAAUGGCAAUAAUAAUUACAAAGGAUCAUAUAACAACAACGAUAAAAAGGAUAACAAUAGAGGAGGAGGAGGAGGAAGAGAUUAUUACGAUAGAGAUGGAGCACGAGACAGAGACGAAAACAACAGAUAUGACAAUAACAAUCGAGUGUCAUACAAGAACAACAACAACAGUAGCAGCAGCAGAGGUAGCCGAGACCGAAGCAGAAGCAGAAGCAGAGAUAGAUACAGUAGUGGCAGAGGUAGCAACUAUAGAGAUAGAGAUAGAGACAAUUCAAGAAGAGACCGAGACCGAGACAGAGACACUAGCAGAUCAAGAUCGAGAUCAAGGGAAAGACACAACAAAAGAGACAGAAGUAGAUCGAGAUCAAGGGAUAGAUACAGUGGUAGCAGAAGAGAUGACUAUGACAGAGAUAGAAAAAGAGGUAGAAGCACAAGUGGUAGCAGAGAAGGUGAAAGGGAUUCAAAUAGCUCAUCAAACUCUUCUACAAGUACUUCUAGCAAUACUAUUGGUACACCCAAAGAUUCAGAAACCCUCAAGAGAUUGAAAUCAAUCUAUGGUGAUUCUGCUUCGUCAUCUUCAUCAUCCACCAACACAACAAACACUGGCUCUCCAUUUGGUCAAGGUUCCAAUAGCCAACCACCAAUGUUUGAGUCAAGUACAGAUAGUUUUGUUAUUGGUAGAAAAUAG